AACAUAAAAAAUGAGAUGAAGUAUUUUGUCCCUGUAUAGAGAGGUCAGAAAACAUUUUUUCCAUAUACCCAAUCCAAAAGACCCCUUUAUCUUCUUCCGUAAAAUCUCCCCUCUUCAACCUAAUUUAGCUCUCCAUCCCAGCUAUACGAUCCAGUCAAGAUAACCUUCUAAACCCUAAUUUCAGUAUGCCUCCCUUGGAGCUAUUCAUCCAUCUCUAAUUUGGAGCCGUAGAAGUUCUGAUUUCAGAUCUGAUGUUGAUUUCGCCGUUCACUUCAGAAUUCCUAACAACAAUUACAUUGACUUUGAGUAGUUUUCCUCUGGAGGAAUAACUAGUCUUGCAAAUAUGAUUUGGUCAAAAGAUCCUGCUUUGGGACCUUGUAGUAAGAAGAUAUCCCAUCACGUACAUCAACAUCAAAUGCACAAAGUUCACACACUAAUGAAUUCUUGUGUCGUAUGUCCCCAGAGAAAGAGGAAAUUAGACCAAUAUAUGAAUAAUGGUAAGUAUAUUACUACUUUUGAACUUUGUACAAAGAAGUAUGGCAAACAAAAUGCCAUAAAUCAGAGUAGAAGUCAAAACUCUUCCCCCGCACCCUUGCCAGUUUCCAAAGGAAAAAGUGCUAUUUUGGAAGAAACACAAGAACUUGCUGCUUUCCCUACUCUUAAUGACAGAAUAGAACAUUGUAUUGUGUCUCAGGAAAUCCAUCCUCAUCUGAGUGACUCUAAUGAUUCUUAUAAAGGGUUAUACCUAGAGAAGAAAAGGAAUUUGAAAAUCCGACAUAAGGAUUUAAUGUCUAGUAGUAGUUGUACUCAUAGUUUCAAGACAUCACUCAAGUCAUUGGUUGUCGAAGAGUUUGUCGAUCCAAUUAAGAUUUCGCAAUCAAUAAGCUCCAAAAGGGAAGACAAGGAACUCAAUCCACCGCUUAAGAACUUCUUAGCUUUCAAAGGUAACCAUCUACUAAGGCCAAUUAUUCCAAUUGGACCUAGAUUUCAAGUAGAAGUUCCUAAUUGGGAUGUCACAAGAAAUAGUCCAAAUAGUGAUGAAGAUUGGAAGUGGUUGGGUACUCAAAUUCCCGAAAUUAAUACAAAAGUUAUUGGGAAAAGGAGGAUGAAAUUCAAGGGGGGAAAAUAGACUAACUCCCUGACUUUCCCGGCUAAAGUGAGGCUGGCGAGUUUACUUCUCGACGGAAUAAGUAGGAGUUGAACAUUGCAAUCUGUCUCAUUAUUGUGCUUAAUAACAUGUUAAUGAAGCAUAAGAAUUAUUGCAAUUGGAUGUUGACGAGAAGAUUAAUGACCUGUGGACGAUGAGAAGAUUAAUGACCUGAGAGAUGUUUCUAAAAUAUGGGAAUUUUGGAAGAACAAAUGGAAUUUGAAUCUCUUGUAAAUUGAAUUUUUCUUUCAAAUGAAAUUCUCAAAGCUCAUCAUGGAACGCCGUGCACGCAGAUUACUACUCCCUCCGUUCCUAUAUAUAAGUCACAAAUAACUAAUUCUCUUAGAUUAAGAAAAGUAGUUACUAGUAAUAAAUUUGUAAAAAAAAUGAUUUACUUUCCUAGAUUACCCUUAUUUACUUUUCUAUGAUUUUCUCUCUCCAAGUUAAUACUUCUAAAGUUUAUCAUCUCUUUCAUAUUAAAUAUGAGGGUGACUUAUAUUUUGUAACAAAUUUUUUUCAAAAAAUGUGACUUAUAAUAGGGAACGGAGGGAGUAUUACGGUAUAUGUGUUCCUGACUGUACGAGUUGCUGGCAAUACUUUAAUUAUUUUACGUUGUUGGUAUGACUUGCUUUAUAAAUUACUUAGUUAUCGCGAUAUUUGAUCAAAUUAUCAAAAUGGAGAAAGUCAUAGGUGAGAGGGGUGCAACUUGUAUUUAGAAGGUGCUAAUUAUAAUUACAGUUUAUUCAAUGAGGUAUCUUGGAUUUUUUUUGGGGUUGCUAUAAAAUAAGAAAAAGGUUCAUUUAAGGAAUAUUCCUCAUACUUUAAAUAAGAAAAAAAUAUUUAAAUAUAACACUAAACUUACCUAUUACUAUAUCAACACUGAACUUUUUAGCAACAGUGUCAUCUUUGGGUGCUGGUGACGGUGAGUAACUUAGUGGUGAAGGAACAAGCGAUGGAAUUAGAGUUUUCUUUUUGUGUGCAAGUGCUAGCGUUGGUGUUUCUUCGGUUGGUACUUUUGGCACUUUGGCAUGUGUUGGUGAUGAAACCUUUGGAGAUGGAAAUAGUGGUGGUGUAGCGGUUGGUGGUGAUGGAAAUGGUGUGGUGGAGAUAUUGGUGGUGGUAGUGGCAAUGGUGGUGGAGAAACAAGUGCUUUUUUGGGAGGUAGUGGUGGUGGUUUUGGAGCUGGGGGUUUUAGGCUUCGAGCUUGUGUAACUUUGGGAACAGGAAAUUUCAUUGGAGCAAGUUUUGGAGGAACUCGAAUUGGUGAUUUCAGGGGAGCAGAUGUUGGUGGCAGAACGUUGAGAGUUGGUAGUUUCAUAGGAGCAUAUUAGAGUUGUAACUUUAGGAACUAGUAAUUUUGCAGGAGAAGAUGUUGGACUUGUAACUUCAAGAACAAGUGGUUUCACAGGAGUAGAAGCUGGAGUUGCAGCUUUAGGAACUGGUGGAUUUAUUGGAGAACUAACUUUAGGAAUCAGUGAUUUGAAGGAGCAGAUGUUGGAGCUGUAACUUUAGGAACUUGUGAUUUUACUGGAGAAGUUGUUGGUGAAUUAAGACUAGAGCCGAUGUUGGAGUAGCGACUUUGGGAUCUGAUUAUUUCACAGGUGUAGAAGUUGUUGGUUUGCUAGAAGUGGGAGAGGUUGCUACUGGCAGUUACCUUGAAGUAGCAGGGGUUGCUGCCAUAGUUGGUGUUUUUUGGCUACUGAAGAUGAAGUUGUUGUUGGCAAUUUGGAAGGUGCAACAGGGUUUGUAGUUGGAAAUUUCGAGGGUGUAGCUGGGGUUGUAGUUGGUUGUUUGCUAGAAAUUGGGGAGGUUGCUGCUCGCGGUUUUCUCGUGGUAGCAGGUGUUGCUUACACAACCAGUGGUUGUUUGGCUACUGAAGGUGAUGUCGGUGUUGUCGAUUUGUAGGGUGCAGCUGCAUGGAAUUGAGCAUUGGUUGAGGCUAAUGGGUAGCAAAGGAUUGCUACUACCAAUACCCAGAACAUUGCUGUCAUUGCAGGUUGUGAUAUGGUAGGGUGAGUUCAUUAGAUUGCUACUAUCGUGUUCUAUUAAUAUCUGAUGAUCCUAUUCACAAAUGUGAUUGAUAUGUUUUCCCUAUCUUAAUGGUGAUCUCAAAAGUAACCUCCUCCACAACCUUUGCACAAAAAAAAAAAAAAAGACAAGCAAA